GCAAGAGUAGAAAGCUUAUCUUUGUACCGUCCAGUUUGACAAGAGGAAUCCCAAACCCUCACCAUGCCCGGAUUAAAGUAUGGCCGAUACAUAGAGUUUCACCGAGCUGUGUCAUUUUUCUGACCUGCACUUCACAACUCUACCACCUAACGAUCUUUCAACCUUACCAGAGGCUAGACUACCGGCAGCCGUCCCGCUUGUGUCUGAACAGGAACAGGGCGGUUUAACCACAGCCACUCCCCGCGUAACAGACCUCAUCCUUCCAACCUUCCAGCAUGAAUACUUCAACGAAGGGACGCGUGCCAACUGGCUACGCCGAAGAAACAUUCCUGAGCGAAGCUACCUUCCGUGCUGCCCACCGAUCCAUCGAAAUCAACCCCUCUUCAAACCCUAAGAAGCGAAAGCGUGAAGGGAAAGGCGACCCGGGCUCGGUCUUUGGCGCGUCCGCAUACAAGGGUCCAUGGGCAAAAUUUGAGCAGGAGAAGCCAGAUGCGGCCUCGGACGAGGAAUAUGGAGAAGAUGAAGAGGUGGAGGUCGUCUAUGAGGAAGAUGAGAUCGAGGAGCAGCCCGAGGCGCCAGCAUCGAAGCUGGGCACCGCGUACGGCGAUGCUUUGGGCGAGAAGGAGACGAGCGAGUUUGUGGGGAGCCAGCAGUAUGAUUAUCAAGGACGGACAUAUAUGCAUGUUCCCACGGACUUGGAUAUCAACUUGCGAGGCGACCGAGAAGGCAUCAAGAACUUCAUACCGAAGAAACUGCUACACAACUUCAAAUACCACACCAAGUCUAUCACACAGCUGCGGUUCUUCCCAGACAGCGGGCAUCUCCUGUUGUCUGCCUCUGCGGAUAACAAGAUCGCUUUAUGGGACGUCUACCACGAUCGUGAGCUGUUAAGGACGUUCUCCGGCCAUACGAAGUCUGUCAACGACAUUGAUUUCAACCCUUCUGGAACGCAAUUCCUGUCGGCUAGUUAUGAUCGAUACAUGAAGCUUUGGGAUACCGAGACGGGCAAAUGUCUGAACAAGUUUACGUCUGGGAAGACACCACAUGUUGUGCGAUUCAACCCUAGUAUGCCUAAUGAGUUCCUGGCUGGUAUGAGCGACAAGAAGAUCCUUCAGUAUGACGUUCGGAGUGGAGAUCUGGUUCAGGAAUAUGAUCAUCACUUGGGUCCUGUCAAUACUAUUACCUUCUGCGACGAGGACCGUCGAUUCAUCACAACAUCCGAUGACAAGUCUCUGCGGGCUUGGGAAUAUGGUAUUCCGGUUCCUAUCAAGUUCAUCGCCGAGCCAUACAUGUACAGUAUGGUGCGAAGUGCCACGCAUCCGUCUGGCAAAUACGCUGCAUUUCAAAGCUCCGAUAACCAGAUCGUGGUCUACGCCGCCUCAGACCGUUUUAGGCAGAACCGCAAGAAGAGCUUCCGGGGUCACAAUGUUUCCGGCUAUGCGCCUGAUGUUGCAAUCAGUCCCGAUGGCCAAUUCGUCGCUAGCGGUGACAGUGGAGGAUACGUCUGCUUCUGGGACUGGAAGACGUGUAAGAUGUGGCAUAAAAUCCAGGCGAGCGAUGCGCCGCUUCUGGCAGUGCAAUGGCAUCCACGAGAGACGUCGAAGGUGAUCACAGGUGAUCUCAACGGGGCUAUCAAGUACUGGGAUUAAGCGAUGACAAAGGUCUGGAGGUUAGAUCAGUACCAGGACAAUAGUCUGCGUAUACCGAUCUACCAUUGCGGAGGUGCUUCAAAUAUCAAAUAAAGAGAGGCACUACGCCUAAUUAGGCAUAUUACAGAGGUCAGUGAAUGUCUGGACUCGUGCUUCCCGAGGUGUCGCCUACCAGUUAAAAGUGUUCGCUCAAAUGAGGCGACUAAAUUCAAGGGUUCUAGUCAUCUUUAUCUGUUGACUGGAAAGACGUGGCGCAGCCUUAAGUUCAGCCCAAAGUGAGGCGGAGCAGGCGUCAUUGUACCAAGUAGCAUAUACAUAUAAAUAUCUACGCUUCUUGCUCCUC